AUGAUCACACCGACUGCGGCCGGAACGAUGCUGGCGAUCCCGGGCGGAAGACCACGCCAAGACCCCGGAGUGUUUAAGAGCAGCGGCCCUGGCCCGGCCCGAAAGCGGAAAAUAAAUCACCAGCGAAAACAGUCCCCUUCACACGCAACGCCCGAUAGGAUAGGAUCGCGCGAUCCUUCGGCAGCGAAAAACAGUAUGGCCCCGGAUGAGUUUUGUUUCGCGGUGGCAUUCUCCGUGACGGUUUCGACGCUCAUCACGCUCGCCAGCAUCGCGGCCGCGGACGAGAUUCGCGACACGCGCGAGGGCGAAACGGUGACGCUGAAGUGCCGAUUCAGCGAACAGUCGGCAGCCAGCGAUUUUUCCUACUACUGGGCACGUUCGACGGGAAACAAAUUCGACAAUGUUGCCAUCAAGAAUGUCCAGCUCAACACGAACUACAGAAUUGACUUCCGGCCAGAGCAAGGCAUCUACGAUCUGACGAUCGUGAACACGUCAUACGGUCGGGAUAAUGGCCGCUUCGAAUGCCGGGUGAAAGCGAGCGGAACCGGUGCAGACGUGCAUCAGGAGUACUACAAUCUGACCGUUCUGACGCCACCGCAGCCGCCGUUCGUGGAGCCCGUCGAGCUGCGGGCCACCGAGGAUGAAAAGUUCGACCUCACUUGCAGCAGCAUCGGGGGAUCGCCGGAUCCAGUCAUCACCUGGUACCGGGUGGGUUCGGAGAAACCCUUCAAGGCAACCAUCACCAAGGGCGGCUCGAAGGAUCUGCGGACCUCGAGCACCUUGUCGAUAGUGCCUCGGCGGGAGGACGAUGGAGCCAAGUUCCGGUGUGUUGUGUGGAACCGUGCCAUGGCGGAGAAGGACAAGCUGGAAACGACCGUCACCCUGUCCGUAAACUAUUAUCCAAGGGUGAAGGUAGGACCGGAGAACCCACUCCGGGUGGAGCGCGAUAGUACGGCAAUGCUGGAGUGUGCCGUCGACUCAAAACCGAAGGUACCGAACGUCCGGUGGACACGCAACGGGCGUCUGAUCAGUUCCUCGCCAUCGCACCCGAUACAGCGCGUGUCGGUGCAGGACGCCGGAAACUACGCCUGCUCGGCGGACAACGGUCUCGGCAAGGUCGGCGAGCAGAUCAUCACCCUCGACGUGCUGUUCGCGCCGAUCGUGGUGAUCGAGUCGAAGACGUGGGAAGCGGAGGAACGCUCCACGGUGACGAUCCGCUGCAACGUCACCUCCAACCCGCCGCCGGUGACGAUCGAGUGGUUCAAGGAGGGCAGUCCGGACUUCCGGUACGCGGGCGAUAUCCUACAGCUGCGGGACAUCAAGGCGGAGCAUGCCGGGCGGUACGUGUGCCGUGCGGUCAACAUGAUGAAGCCGUACAACGGGAAGAUUGUCGAGCGCGUCGGCAACUCGACCGUGGCGCUGCUGGUGCGCCAUCGUCCUGGGCAGGCGUACAUUAAUCCGAGCAAGCCGGUCGUGCACGUCGGCAACGGGGUGACGCUCACCUGCUCGGCCAAUCCUCCCGGUUGGCCAGUGCCCCAGUUUCGCUGGUUCAAGGACGCAAUGGGAGAGCUUUCCAGCACGAAGACCAUCCUCGCCCAGGGUCCACAGUACGUCAUCCCGCGGGCGCAUCUUGGCAGCGAGGGUAGCUACCAUUGUCACGCCGUCAACGAGCUGGGCAAUGGGCCGAUGGCGACGAUCAACCUGGAGGUGCAUCAGCCUCCGCAGUUCAUCGGCAAGAUGCAGCAGCACAUGACGAAGCGCAUCGGGGACACGGACUUCUCCGCCACGUGCCAGGCGCAGGGUAAGCCCCGACCGAUGGUGCGCUGGCUGAAGGACGGUCGAGACAUCACGACCGACGCCAACAUGUACCGCAUCAGCACGAACAACAACGACGCGCUGCGAGGCAUAGUGACCGUCCAGAGUACGCUGCUGUUUCAGGGAAAGGCUCGUCCGCAUAAGAACCAACUGCUCCCGAGCGACCGGGGCACGUACACCUGUCUGUUCGAGAACGAGGUCAGCACGGCCAACGCCAGCAUGAACCUACGCAUCGAGCACGGCCCGAUCGUGCUGCACCAGUACAACAAGGUGGCGUACGAGAUCAACGAAAACGCAGCCGUUGUCUGCCGAGUGCAGGCGUACCCGAAGCCCGAAUUCCAGUGGCAGCUCGGCACCAACACGGCCGCCCUGUCCAUGUCCUCCGAUGGCCAUUACGAGAUCAACACCACGACGGACAACAACGACAUCUACACCAGCGUGCUGCGUAUCAACCGGGUCAAGCACGAGGACUACGGUGACUACACGUGCCGCGUCGGCAACUCGAUCGAGACGAUCCGCGCCCCGAUCCGGCUGCAGCCGAAGGGACCGCCGGAAAAGCCGACCAACCUCGGGGUGGCCGACGUCGGCUCGAACUACGUCUCGCUCGUGUGGGAUCCGGGCUUCGACGGAGGCAUCACCAACACCAAGUUCUUCGUGUCGUUCCGCAAGGUGGCGAUCCCGCACCACGACCAGGUGAAGGAGGACUGUGGCAUCGUGCAGCAGGUCAGCUCGGAGUGGAUGGAGUACGACUGCCAGCGGGAUGUGCCGUGCAGCGUGACCCCGCUCGAUCAGUACCAGAGCUACGUCUUCAAGGUGAAGGCGCUGAACAGCAAGGGCCACUCGGAGCCCUCGAACGAGGUGGCAACCACGACGAAGAUCAGCAAGAUUCCGGUCCCACUGCACGUCGGCUUCGAUCCGGACACGAAGCAGCUGGGGUUGAGCGUUGGCGCCACCUGUCUGGCACUGAUCGCCGUCGUCGAGACGAUCGGAUUCCACGAAAGUCCCAUCGCCACCUGGCAGAUCGUACAGUCAAUCCCGCUCGCUGUGUCGGGCAGCGGGACCACGUACAAGGAGCAGGUGCUGGAAAACAUGUACUCUGCCCGGCGCUCCAGCGGCCGUUCGAUGGCCAGCGACGACGACUUCCCGAUGGCGCUGGAGGAAGAGAUUCCACCGAAGGUGCGCGUGAAGCUGUGCCUCAAAUCGAGCCACGAGUAUUGCGGCGAGUACAUGGAUGCGGAAAUUGGUCCAGCUCUGAUACAAGAAUCCUCGUUCAUCGCAACACCAACGCUUAUCGCGAUCGUUGUGUCGUGCGUUGUGUUCGCGCUGUUCGUCGGCCUGAUGCUCAUGUUCUGCCGAUGCAAGCGCAAUCAGACGAAAAAGUCCACCCAAUCGAAGGACUACGAGAUGGACUCGGUCCGUCCGUCCAUCGUGGCGCAGCAGAGCCAGGCGCCGCCACCCUACUACCCGACGACGCCCGGGCUCGACAAUAAGGCGCUCGAGCACUCGAUGGACCUGGCGCUGGCGCUCGAGGAUCAGAAGACGUCCGUCUACGCGACCCACAACGGGUACGGUUACCACACGGGCACCAGCAUACAGGUGGCGAGCCACAGUCUUCCGGCCAACGAAUGGGUUACAAUGGGUUACACGGAGAACAGCUACACGAACUCGAACAACGGCGGCAGCGUCAACUCGCAGGAUUCCAUCUGGCAGCUGAAGGGAGGCGCACCACCCGGCACGACGACCCUGGCCAUCGGUCUGCAGCCGCUCUCGAUGGCGGGCCUACACGGUGGUGGGUCCGCGUACGCCACCACCACCACCACCACAACGGCGGCCGGCGCCGGAUCAAGCACGCCCGGUCUUGUUUACGGCUACGAUCCGAUUGCAUCGCACUCGAGCAUCUACGGGGCCGGGGGCGCGGUGACGCUAGCGGACGAGUACAACCAAUAUCCGCAUCCGGCGGCCACCCCCAGCCAGCACGGUGGCGAAGACGAUUACCUGCACCACCACCACCACCAACACCACCACCAACAACAACAGCAGCAGCAGCAACUCCACCAUGUGGCUGCACUGCGCCAAAGCCAGAAUCCCUCCCGACAGCAGGAGUAUUGCGGUGAUUCCUACGCGUCUGUACAUAAAGCAAAGAAGCGAUUAGACCAACCAUCCCAUUUCGAUUCAUCAUAUCACGACGUCAGCGGUCUACCCGAUCCCUACCUAGAUCAGCAUCAGCAACAGCACCAGCUCGAUCAGCAGGAGGACAGCAAAUCGUCCCUGCUACAGCUCAAUCACCCGCAAGACCACGGAAGCUUACACCUUCACGCCCAACAGCAGCAACAGCCGUCGUCCUCGCAGCAGCAGCAACCGCAGCCCAUCUACGAGGACAACCUGGAGAGCGGCUACUCGACGCCGAACUCGCGGAAUCGGCGCGUCAUACGGGAGAUAAUUGUCUGA